UGGGCCUCUAGUCCCGAGAGGCCGCGGGGAGCGGGGGCAUCAUGGCGGCUGCGGAGCAGCGGAGGUCCGGGGAUGGGGACGAGGAGGAGCAGUUGGUGCUGGUGGAAUUGUCAGGCAUUAUCGAUUCAGACUUUCUGUCAAAAUGUGAAAAUAAAUGCAAGCUUUUGGGAAUUGACACCGAGAGGCCCAUUCUGCAAGUGGACAGCUCUGUAUUUGCUGGAGAGUAUGAAGACACUCUUGGGACUUGUGUUAUAUUUGAAGAACAUGUUGAACAUGGGACCACACGGGUACCUAUCAACCUUUUUACCAUCCUGGGGGAUUCCCAGAAGAAUAACACCAAUACGUGCCUUGGGAUAUACACACAGAAAGCCCAAAACGAAAAGGGCCAAGAGAUUCCUUGAGAAGAGAGAACCAAAACUCAGUGAAAAUAUUAAAAAUGCCAUGCUUAUUAAAGGGGGAAAUGCAAAUUUAACAGUGACACAAGUCCUUAGAGAUGUGUAUGCACUGAAAAAACCAUAUGGCGUUCUGUAUAAAAAGAAAAAUAUUACGAGACCAUUUGAGGAUCAGACAUCAUUGGAAUUCUUUUCAAAGAAGUCAGAUUGUUCUUUAUUUCUGUUUGGCUCCCAUAAUAAGAAGCGGCCAAAUAAUCUAGUAAUAGGUCGUAUGUAUGACUACCAUGUGCUGGAUAUGAUUGAAUUAGGUAUUGAGAAAUUUGUCUCUCUAAAAGAUAUUAAGAAUAGUAAAUGCCCUGAGGGAACAAAACCCAUGCUAAUAUUUGCUGGUAAUGAUUUUGAUGUAACAGAAGAUUACAGAAGACUAAAAAGUCUUCUUAUCGAUUUCUUCAGAGGCCCCACAGUAUCAAACAUUCGCCUGGCUGGUUUAGAGUGUGUCCUGCACUUCACUGCACUGAAUGGGAAGAUUUACUUUCGAAGCUAUAAGCUGCUGUUGAAGAAAUCUGGUUGCAGAACACCACGGAUUGAAUUGGAAGAGAUGGGACCCUCAUUGGAUCUGGUUCUGAGGAGGACGCAUCUAGCUUCAGAUGACCUUUAUAAGUUAUCCAUGAAAAUGCCCAAAGCCCUCAAGCCAAAGAAGAAGAAAAAUAUCUCCCAUGAUACUUUUGGUACAACUUAUGGAAGGAUUCAUAUGCAGAAGCAAGACCUAAGCAAACUACAAACCAGGAAAAUGAAGGGGCUGAAGAAGCGAACUGCAGAAAGGAUAUUAGAAGACCAGGAGAAAAAAUCAAAGAGAAUUAAAAAUAAUUGAUGGAACUUAGCCAAUAACUAGUUUUAUUGUAAUCUGUUUACAUAAAGAGAAUGAUCAAGCAUCAGUAAUUUUAAAGUUUCUUACAAGAUUUUAUUGUAUAUUUUUGUAACAUAAUAAUUU